AUGCCCCCGCGGUCCAGCACAGACGACCAGAACAAUGGGUCCACAACACCUCUAAAGCCCUGGUCCUCUGGUCGAGUGCUAAGCGCCGCUCAGCGAGAACGCAAACGCUUAAUGAACCGGGCAUCUCAAUCCCGACGACGCAAUAAUCUAAAGAAUACAUUAAAGACAGUGGAAUCCCGAUUAUUCCAGAUUGAGCGCCGCUGUUUAGCGUAUUUACCUCCUCCCACUAGCGGGGAAUAUACAUUCGACGACUGCAUAAGCGCCAAUAGCACAGGUGGUGCAGAUGAUUGCAGCACCAGUCUGCGCGAUUUUUUGAAUGAUUUACUCGGCAGUAUAUUUCAGAUUAACCCUGGCCAGGUCUGCACAAAUGAGCAGUUCAAUCAAGAUGCCGUGAUUCGUGGCGUUGUUUUGGGAUGGGAUGUUCUGAGGAAGCAGGAUUUUGUCUGUCCCAUAUGGAAUAUACUGAGGCGUGUGGAUGCGCUGUUGAUGAUGCAUGCUAGCGUGCCUGCUAGGUUGGCUCUUCUUAGAGGGAUACAUAUGAUGCUUUUGGGCCGGAGACUUUCUGAUAGGCCACCUCCUCUUCCACCGUGGUUCAGACCAAGAAAAUAUCAUGCCUACAGCUCCGAGAGCAUAGUGAAUGACUACUUUGCUUGGCCCCGAUUCCGCCAAAAACUAAUAACAUCCAACAACCCCCCGUUAACAAACCGCUUCUGGUUCUAUUUCACGCGCAACGUCCAAUUUGAAUGCGACCUGUCACCCGCACAUACCAUAGACAUUGACCCUGACACCGGAAAAUAUAGAUUAACGACGGUGUUUAGGGAUGUUACUGAUGAUAUUCACCGGUAUACAAUGGGAAGUGAAUUUUUUGAAGCGUAUCCGGAGUGUUUUGAGGAUGUUUAUGCUUGUGCAUUGGAGGAUGGAUGA